UUACUCUUUUCACUAACAGAAUCAAAAUGACCAUGUUCAGAGUGUUUCGGUUGCUCCACAUGGGCUGCUUACUUACCUCCCACCUGAGCAAGGUACUGCCCUCCAUUCAUUUGUCAUGUGUCAGCAAGGGUUUCCUCAUUCUUUGGCAUCUCAUGUUACAUCCUACUCAAUGCCAGCAAUGUCAUCCAUUGAACAGUGGCAAAAUCAACAAACUGCAUCUGGGGGUUUCCAGCAAUCUGGACAGAAUGAACUUCCACCAUCCCAAACUGAUCAAAACCUCAGGAGGUCAGAUGUAAGUCAUGAGUGUGAAAUGUCUGCUGAUGGACCAGCCAUUUGUUCGGAACAUCUGGAUCAUAUAAGCCGAGGGUCUGAGCCAAAUUCUGUAAUAUCAGCAUCUGCUGGGACAGCACAGGAACAGAAUAUGAUGAACUUGAAAAAUCAUGUGCUGGAGGACCAAGAUCUAACAGUUGAAGUAGGUACCGCUGGCAGCCUGUCUCAUACUAAUACUUCAGUGCAAUCUGUUAAUUCCAAUGAAACAACAAUCAUCAAUGGAACUGGUGCUGUUUUGCCCAAAAAGUCGGUCACAACUGGACAGAAUAAUACAUUGAUGUCAGGUAAGAUUUCAGAGACUGCUUUGCUUGAUGAAAAAGCAUUGUUGGCCUGCAUUGUUCGUACAAUUCCAAAUGGUGGCAGAACCCGGAUCAACUCAACGCUGCCAAAUAGGUUGGGGAAAAUGCUUGCACCUUUACAUUGGCAUGAUUACAAGAAAAAAUAUGGAAAGCUGGAUGACUUUGUAGCCAAUCACCUUGAGUUAUUUGUGAUCAAUGGAGAUUAUAUUCAGCUUCGAGAGGGAGCACAAGAAAUGAUAGAAGCCACAACUGCUGUUGCAAAAGUCGCUGCAGCUACUGCAGCCACGUCUCCUCAAUCGACCUCUUUUCCUUCUGUUGCUGUUACUCCAAUUGUGCAGCCUAACCGACUAAAGAAAGUUCUCACAUAAAUUGCUUCUGGUCGUGUGACAAACGAGGAUGAUGUUUUCAAGAAGCAUGCAACAAUCUCUAAAAAUGCAGCUGAUGAUCAUUCACAGCAGUUAGGAAUGCAAUAUCAACAUCCAAAUGGCAUUUCUUUUGUGGCUGGCAAUAAUCUUAUAUUUAAAUACAAAUUUAAAGACACUCUAAUGAAAGUAAUGGGGCAAGUUUUGAGAGAAUAAGUAUGAGAAGUGCUGAAAGCAGAGCCUCAGGUCAUGGAAGGUCUAAUUCAAAUUUUGUUGGAAAACAGGACAGGUAAGUGACUUAAAAACCCUACCAGAUAGAUGAAGGUCAUAUUCAGCUUAUGUUUUUUUUGUGUGUGUGUGACUGCUUAAGCCUACAGAAGUUGACUUUCUUGUACUUUGGCUAGGGCAACGGGGGGAUAGCAUCUUGUAGAAGAUAGCGAGUGCAUCUAUCGAAAUUAUGAGUUAUUUGUAUAAUUGUUGUCAUAUUCAAUUGUAUCUUUUCUUUUGGGG